AUGGAUGAUACUCUAUGUUCAAACUUUGAUGUUUUGAGGAUGCAUUUACCCGCUGAAUUAGGCGGAACCUCAAAUUUUGAAUUUAAAAAAAUUACAAAUUUCGAUAAUUAUUGCCCUAGUGAAAACUGCAAUACUGAUCUCGAAAAAAUUACAAUUGGAUUUUUAUGGUUACUUGAACAAUAUUUUACUAAAUACCCAAAUAAAGGUCAUAAUGUAAAUGAUAUUAAACCAUUUUUUCUAUAUAUUAUUUUAUGGUUAAGUCACAAAUUAAAUAAAAUCACAGACAAAAAUUUCACCAAAAUAAACGAUUUUUAUACUAAACAUGUAAAAAAUAGUGGUAAAUAUAGUAAUUUUAUAAGUGAUUCUGGUAGAUAUACAAAUUUUAAUGAAUUCAUAGAGAAACAAAAAGAUUUGCUGAAUAUUAAUAUUGAAGAUCUGUCUAAAUUUUAUGAUGCAUCCAAAUUAAUAUGUAGUAUGUAUGGUAAUGUUGCACAGAAUCAAACAGACGAUAAACUGUCAAAUAAUGCUACUAGUUUUGUUAACAAAUAUACAGAGCUAAACAAUAUAUAUAAUAAUGAAGGUGCCCCACAUAGUCAAAUAUUGUCUGCUUUAUCAACUGAUUAUAAUAAUUUAAAAAAGGAACGUGAUAAUAUUCCAUCCCUUCCAGAGAAAAAAACAACACAAGAUCAUGUGCAAAGUUCUAAAGAUAACUCUGAACAAAUUUCUGGACAAUUUUCUGAAGAUACGUCAUCAAGUUCGUCGAUAGGAAACAAAUUAUUUACAGUUUUAUCGAUAUUUGGUGCAAUAGCAUUUUUGUUGGGAAUUUCUUAUAAGUAUUCGUUAUUUGGACUUCGGAAACGAGCUCAAAAACAACAUUUAAGAGAAAAAAUAAAAAAUACAAAGAAGAGAAUGAAUCAUUAA